UGGAUCACAUGAACGCCAAUUAAACAGUGCGCGAGACAACGCGCUCAUCUGCGCGCCCUGAGGUGAGGAGUGAUGAACAACAGGAGCUUUCAAAAUAUUCAAACAAAAACAUGUCAGCAACACUCCAAGUGUGAUAUUUGCAGCUCUACAGAGACAGGCUGGCUAUCUGGAAUUGGAUUCCAAGGUUGUUAUUCCAGGAGUAAUGUGCUCUGGAGAGACUAGACUGUAGCUUGAUUUCAUAAAGAAACAGCUGAAGCAGUUGGACAGAGCCACUGGGCAAGAAGCCAAAGUUUGAAGAGGAUGUCUGCAGCAAAACGCCUGAACACAGAGAGGAGUUUCAGAGUGGUCGUCCGUCUGUGUGCCCUGAACAGACCAGAACAUUCUGUCUCUUUAGAUGAACCCAGAGCCUCCAUCAAAGUGACACAUCUCAACAGAGUAGUUGUUGACACUGGAAGGAGUCACAAGCCUCAUAUUAUAGACCUUGAUGCAGUCUUAAAUGAGGAGGCAUCACAGAGGGAUGUUUAUGAGUCUACAACAAAGUCUCUGGUCGAGUAUCUAAUGCAGGGUUAUAAUGGCUGUGUAAUUGUCUAUGGCUCUACGGGCAGCGGUAAAACUCAUACCAUGCAGGGAUGCAGCGUGUCAGCUAAACAUAGAGGCAUCAUCAGCCGCGCUGCUGAGGACAUCUUCGCCUGUAUCAAACCUUCAGGCUGAUCCAAAAGGGAGUGAGGUGGUCUGGGUGCGUGAUUGUGAGGAGGUGGUGCGUCUCGAUGGGUUGACGGAGGUGGAAGUGAACUCCGCCCAGGAUUUGCUACAGGUGCAUCGCCGUGGCUCCGCCCUCAGACACACAGGGAUUUCAAAGGGAGAUUUUCCCAGCCGAUCCCAUAUGGUAUUCAACAUUGUGGUCAUUAACACAAUGCUCCAGUCCGCUGAGGGAGUUUUGACAGCCAGCAAACUGACUCUGGUGGAUUUGGCAAGCUCAGGACAAUUUCGUAGUUCUGUGGUUACUGACAUUAAGAGAACUUUCAAUGCCACAAAUACAAACCCACAAGAGACCAAGAUGCUGAAACGCUCCCUCACCAUAUUCGGAAAUGUGAUUUUUGCCCUCAGCUCUGCGGGGUCCCAGCAUGUCCCAUACAGAGAAUCCAAACUAACCCGAGCACUUAGGGACUGUUUGGGAGGGAACUGCCGGACGUGUUUAGUGGUCACGGUGUCUUCUCAAUCAUCUUUAAUAUCUGAAACUCUCAGCUCUCUACAGUUUGCCUCCAGAGCCAUGGCUGUUCCUUCACGACCCAUAUACACAUCUCAGUUACAUUACACACCUGAACAGGACAUUAAUCAUCUGAACAGACAGCAGAUUUUACCACCGGUCGGAUCUGACAGAAAGUCGCAGACAUGCUUGCUUCCCAAUCUUUUGAGUUCAGUCAGUCCCUCUGAACAUAAACUCAGCUCAGGUCACUGUGGAGAUGGGCUGGAGCUCAGAACUUUUCUCCCCCAGCUGGAGAAACCAGGCCAAACCGAACCACCUGGGCAUUACAGCCGCGGAUCUCGACCUGGAGAUGAGAAAAACAGAGCUGAUGGUAGGACUCGCUCCCUGCCCCGUUCCUUGUCUGGGGCGGUUCUCCAUGAUGCUGGAGGGAGAGAAAGAACUGGAAAGGGAUCAGAGUUUUCAGCUUUACAGCGCCGUUCUGUAGAGCGGCUCUCUACAUCCUCUCUUGAACCUUUUUCAGCUCCCUCAGCAACUGUGGAGUGUCCUAACUGUUCCCGGGAACGAAAGAUCCGAGAGGAAUAUGACAAGAUUAUUGUUCAGGCUAGGAGAGACAAAGAUUCUCUGAGUCAAAAAGUAGCAGAACUGGAGAAUGAGUUGAGAACAAGAGCAACACAGGAGAGACAAGAGGGAUUGAGCAGGGAAAAGACCAGAGGAAAUGAAGAAUCUACAAGCGGCACAUCUGCAGAUAUUGGAAUAUUAAAGACUGCAGAGGUGUGUUUGCAAACAGAAGCAGAGGAGCUGAGAUCAGAGCUGAGCUCAUGUCGUAAGAGAGAGGAAAUGCUGACACAAACGCUGGACUCUGAGAGAGAGAGACUGACCCAGGACGUCCAGAAACUGCUCACACAGCUCAACAGCACCAGAGAGAGAAACAGCCAGCUUGAAUCAACCCAUAACAUCCAGCGGGAGAGCUUGUUGGCAGAACUACAGACCAGCAGAGAAGAGCUCAAAAGAUUUCGAGAGAGUGUGUCUCUUACCAUCAGCCAGCUUGAGACUGAAAAGGCUGAACUGAUGUCACACUUAGAGGACACAAAAAGUUCCAAUGAAAAGGUGUGCUUGGAAAAUGCUGGUUUGAGACAGAAACUCAAGUCAUUUUUGAGGGAGAUCAACUCGGCACCCUUUACAGAAUCCAGCAGUCCAGACACAAACACUUCACACACACACGCAGUCACAACGAACACCGAGAUGAUUGUCGUCUCACAGCAUGUGUCUCAGCAGUGUCCUGCAGGUGUCACACAAGGAAGUGAAUGCUGCUUUAGUCAGUAUGAAGAGUUUCAGCAUCCUGAGGAGGAGUUUACAGAGAAGUCUGAAACCACAAACAACAGCAACUGUGAACAGCCUCUGUAUAAACCCCAAAACCUCUACAAGCAGUUGAGGAGGGAGCACAGUCUGUUAUUGGAUGUGAUGCUGGUUUUGUACAGGAGAGAGUGGUUUCUGCAGGAUGCCAUUCCAUACGUCAGACGUACACUCAGGAAGUGUGGACUGAGGCCUGAGGAUAUAGACUAAAGACUGUACUUGUGUGUGUGUGUGUGUGUGUGUGUGUGAGUGAAUGAGGGAGGUGGAGAGUUAAAGUUAUCCUGUAUGAAUCAUAGUUAAGGCAUAGUUCACCUAAAAGUGCAAAAAACUGCUGCAUCCUAAGGUACAAAAGCUAAAAGGCACAUCUUUAUACCUUAUUUACCCCUGAAUGGUACAUAUGAAUACCUUAAAGGUACAUAUUAGUACUUUCAAGUACAUAUUAGUAGAUAAAGUGUAGAGAUUAGUAACCUUUGAAAGGGUAUUGGCCAAAUGGUCUUUUUAAUUUUUGUAAUGUAUGGGUAAAGAAGCAUUCAAGGUUUGAAAGCAUUGUCAAAUUAUCAUAAAAGUUGUACAUAGAACCUUUGAAGUCAUACAAUAGCUUUAUAUGAGUAACAGACAAACAUUUAAGUUUUUACUCACUUAAAAUAUUGGCAUCCAUCCAUAGGACAUAAUUAGAGUUCAUGAGGCAAAGUGUUCAAUUUAUGUAUGAAUUGUUUUGACUUCAUUAUCACCACAGUUAACUGAAAAUUACUGAAAGUAAAUUACUUAAAUCUUAGUCUGUUUCUCACUAAGGAGUCAUAUGAGGAGUCAUUUGGGACACUUUUUAUGAUACUUUAUUGAUGCUUUUUUUUUUUUUUUUUUUUUUUUAAAGAUUAAAGGCUUCAAUUGCAAUGCACUAGAAUGACCAGCAUGGUAAUGCAUGUCCAUGUUCUAUAGAAGAACUGAAGUCAUCACAGGUUAGAAACAACAUGACAGUGAGGAAAUUAUGACAGAAAUGCAUUUUAGAGUGAACUAUUCCUUUUAAGUGUUCUCACUUUAAAACUGACAUGAUAAUAUAUUUAACUUAACAAAGGGAACAAUAAAAAAAAGCAUUACUAACAAAGUAAUGAACUUGACACUAAGUAAUUUCAGUUAUUUGAUGCAAUCAUUUAAAAUCCAGCUAAAAACACGUU